AUGACGGAGGUUGGGAACGAACGCGCGGCUGAGCUUGAAACACUUGGAGCCAUCUGUGCCGAUAAUCUAGUUGUUCAAAAAGGCUAUUCUGGGUACAUCGAGAUACCGGUAGCGCUUCAGACUCCGCUACAGCUGUUUCGUACUGGACAAGGAAAGGAGGAACACGGAAUCUCCCAGCUCCCACCAAUCCGCGUGUGCUUCGACUUUCCAGAAAAUUAUCCAACCGCUACCGCGCACCGCGUACAGCUGAAGAGUUGCUGGCUACCGGAUGGAGAGAUCCAGGAUCUUCAGGCGGUGUUCUUCACUUUGUGGGAGGAAUACGGGCACGCUGAGAUUCUGUACGCCUACAUCAAUUACAUACAAGAAUGUGCUGAGCUGGCCUUUGGUCUCGAGUGCCUGGACGUAGUUGAUGACCUGUUGCCUCAGCUGCUCGACUGA